CCUUGACUUUCCUCGAGGUCCUUCCUUGUUUAACUGUACAAAAGCUUUCGUUUCACCAUGAGCUUUAACUUUCAUUUUCUGUUGCCAGAAAGAGGGUUGAGCACGCGUUGUUCGACUGGUUAUUCGGAUGUUUCCUAUUGGUGUGCUGGUUCAACUAUACUUAUUUCUGGGUCUGCUGCGGAGGCAUUUAAGCCAGAUUUGGCGUUUUGUAAGCAGCAGAAGUUUGCCAGAUACUUGCCGGUUUGACAUGGAGUCAGAUGAUAACUGCGAGUGGGACUCCACAUGGGAAGACGAAGACACAACUGAAACAUCCAAAGAGAGAGAACGGGUUUCAUCUAACUGGCCAUCGAACAGAAAUCAAAGGAACAUGUAUGCUGCGAGGGACAUGCAGGCCUAUCGGCAUAGAGUCAGAAAUGUUGACAAUGUCAAAGAUGAUGAAGAUGAUGAUGAUGGUAAGCCAGAUGAAGAUGACUUGUAUAACCUGAGGUUUUACCAAGGUCAGAGGAGAUCUGUCCCUGAUGAUGUACAUAUUCAUGAAUUUCAUAAGGAAUGGUUUGCUCAAUACAACAGGCUGGAAAGAGUUCACUCCUACAUUCAGUGGUUGUUUCCAUUACAAGAGCCAGGGAUGAAUUGGGAUGCACAUGUGCUCACAAAAAAAGAAAUAAAGCUUUUCCGUGAAGAUGAAAAUGCAAAAAAACAUUUGGUGAAAUCAUACAAGCUCAUGUUGGAUUUCUACGGCAUACAGUUGGUCAAUGAAUGUACAGGAGAUGUGGCACGUGCUCGUAACUGGCAAGAUCGCUUCAGGAAUCUGAACAGAAAUACACACAACAACCUUCGUAUCACACGCAUUCUGAAGUCUUUGGGGACUUUAGGAUUCCAGCACUACCAAGCCCCACUGGUCAAGUUCUUCCUCAAAGAAACUCUUGUGGAUAGAAACCUUGAAAGAGUGAAACAAAGUGUACUGGAUUACUUUAUGUUUGCUGUAUUGGACAAGUCAAAGAGGAGGGAUUUAAUUAGAUUUGCCUUUAAACAUUUUGAGCCACAAGACGAUUUUGUGUGGGGUCCCAAGAAGAUUCUGUCAGGUGAUGUCAAUAAACACGGUGAAAAUGAAACUGUCAAGGUUACUGCAGAGGAUGAAUGUACGCCAUCUGAGGAAAAUUCAAAUCAAAAUAGCAUAUUAGAUGCAAUGGAGAUAUCCAAUGGUGAGCAGGUAUGUUCUAAACAUCCAACCUGUAUAUAUUCCACCAGUAACUCUGCAGAAGAUGCAGAAGAAACUCCAAAAAGUGAACUAGAGAAGUCCAGUGACAGCAAACAUGAAGUAAACCAAAAUGUUAAUCCUAGCGAAGGGAUGGAAAGUGUAACUAGAGAACAAACAGUGAAGAAUGUUGAUGAAACUCUAUGUUAGUUUAAUGAGUUCCCACUUUAGUUUCUCUGCUCUGUAUUAUUUUACAGAAAAGUUAUUUGAAUGCUCUUCAUGGCUUUAAGUUGAAGUUGAAUUUAAGCUGUAUAUCCUAAACUUUAAGUUGAAGAAUAAGAUUUUGAAAGUUUUUUAUUAUUCCUUGCUUGCUUGGUAAAUUGAUAACAUGAAAUAAGAAGCAGGUUUCUACAAAUUUAAUUUGUCUUACUUAAGCAAAUAGAUGUCUCUCCACUGAUAAAAUGGCAUUGAAAAAAGUCUGACGGGUUCACAAAGAAGUGAAGUAGAGUGAUGAAGCAAGGUUGCGAUAUGAAAUCUACCACUAAUAAAUGUUAGAUCGAUUAAUUGUUUUGAAAUUACAAAAUUUAUCGGAUGCCUUUUAUGCCUUAAGUUGAAAUGUGAGAUUUUGAAAGGUUUAAAUUACAUGCUUAUUUAACAGAUGUAUGACUGAAGACUAGUAGGUCUUAUAAAAUUACAAUGCAAUACUGUACUAGUGGAUGUAAUAGAUGAAUCUAUUGAAGAACAAUGAUGCCUUUGUGUGUGUGUGUGUGUGGUUUCUGUUGUCGAAGCAAAUAAAUAUUUUCUCAACUGGCAAAUUGUGUCAUUGAUGAAAA